AAUAAUUUGUGAUAUAAGUAAUGAUGAAAAAUAAAUGAACAUGCAAAAUUAGAUGUAAAGAAAAUAAGAUGCGGAUGGAAAAAAAAGAAAGAAAAAAGAAAAAGUGGCAACUCGAAUGUAUGCGAACGCCCCCCACCAGGUGAGUGGCGAUACUCUUGGCUUGACGAGCAAACCGCUCACCUGUGAGGGACCGCCUGUAGAAACCCUCGCCUUUGUCGUCGUGCUUCGUAAUUAAAAACCUCGGGACCUUGGGCGCUGCUCGACGUCGCCACCGUCGUCCGCAGCACCGGCAACAAGACCCGGGGUUUUUCGCCCUAGCUUGGCGAACACCGAGGCACGACAACAGAUCACAGCCUCUCGACAAGGGUGGGGACCCCCCUGUCGUCCCCCGAGGAGUCGUGUGCUCCACCGGCUUCGGCAUACGGACAAAGCGUUAGUAGAAAAACGGAGUGUAUGCGAAGCCCUCUUUGGAACAGUACCCGCAUGAGACAUUUGCAGCGUUCGGGCUCUUAUCUGUUUGUUUCUUUAUUUCGAGUGGAUGGUAAUUAUAUCGUAUUUGUGUGUCUGGUGUGUAUGCGUGUUGGGGGCGCCUCGUGUAUUAUCUACGUGCCAAUACCGCAGCGUGCUGAAUUUUUAUAUAGUUUAUAGGUUGUAUAGUUUGUAUAGUUUUGAUUUAUAAAGUUAUCAAUUAUAUGUUACCUAUGAUUAAUAAAUUAGAAAUAUCGUCGAUGUUUGCUUUUACCCGUAUUCUUAUUCUGGCAAAAGAAGGGAUAGAAGAUCCAGAGAGGCUGAAAUAUAUCAAGUGAAUGAUUAAUCAUUAUUGGCCCUCUCAAAUGGUAGCAGAGCGUGGUUCCCUAAAAAUAUCCAGAAUAAUAAUCGGGGUAAAAAGACUACGAUCAUGAUGGUAUCUGAAGAACACGUCUGUGCAUUACUGGGAAUGAUCAUUAUUUUAUUGACUCUAAUGAUUACGUUUUUCGUGUAUAAGGAGAUAAAAAUUAGCAAGUCUAUAAGGGGAUGCACUAGCCCUAUUGCUAGAAAUGCUAGCUUCAUGGGAGGUAUGCCGAGUGCGAAUUCAAGUAGAAUGGAAGCUGGCGGUGGUGAUCGUGACGCGUGGGAUAGAACAUUGAGCGCCUUAGAAGAUUUGGUUACAACUCAUUGUAGACAGAUUAAAAAGCCUCUUUUGGUCAAAAAUGACCCUAAAUUAGACAUUUUUAACGGGAAGGGUAUGGUACGAGGCUGGAUUAGAAAAGCGGAGAGAAUUUUAGCGCAGAUGCCGGGCGAAGACGAGGAUAAGGUACGUUACGUCUUGAACCACAUUGACGGGGCAGCGGCGGAUAGACUUUAUAAUUGCGGCAUUGAGUGGAGGAAUGUAAGUGAGAUAUUUGGAGAAUUGAUGAAGGUAUACGGGAAGAAAACCUCAGUUUGGGAAAUGUAUGAACGAAUGGCCGCGAGGAAACAAAAGAACGACGAAACCGUGUGGGCAUUUUUGGAUGCAAUAUUGGAGAUCGGUGAUGAGUUUCAACAUCAAGGAAACCGAAUCGAUGAAAAAUUGAUUGGGGAAUGCAUGGCUAGGAAUCUAGAGAAACCGGUACUUGGAAUGAAACUAAAAAAUAGGAUAGAUGAAAGACCAGAAGAUAGCCUUGAGCAGUGGGUAGAAUGGAUUGCGACAAAAGAACAAGAGUGGAAGUGUUUUACUCGGAGUAGAGAGAUAAGAGAAAGAGACGAAGAAAAUAAGGAUGAGAGGAUGAGGUGUUAUAACUGUGGAGAGAAGGGUCAUGUAUCUCGGUGGUGCUCGAAUGAAGGAUACCAUCUUAAAAGAAGUAGAAGUAAUGAAAGGAAUUGGCGGUCGUCUGGGACAGAAAGUCAGGCCAACAACAAUUAUAAAUCGCGAGCGGGAAACUCAGAAGGCCCUGCGGAGAUGUAGACCGCCACCCACAGGAGCCUUAUAAACGCGGUAAGAUAGAAGGCGGAGAAGUUCAUUUACUUUUGACAGAUAAAGAAGAGACAAGAAGAGUGAAGAUACACUCAGAUAGCCCGAAACUAUUAGUUGAAAUAGGAGGAGUAGAUGUGAUGAGCGUGUGUGAUA